AUGACCCACAAACGGGCACGGUAUUCUGCCACCCUUCUCCAUCAUCUUCACGCUCUUUUUAUCGCACAUACAGGAUAUGUGCCUCUUACAUUUCUUGUAUGCACGAUUGACUGCCUAUUAACGGCAAGCAUCAUUCGCUUCGUCCCAUACACAGAAAUCGAUUUUCAAACCUAUCUCCAGCAGGCGCAAUUGUUUUUGGAUGGUGAGCGUACCUACACCUAUAUCGAUCCUCCGAACGGGACCGGUCCUUGCGUUUACCCGGCCGGCCACUUGUACGCGUACGCUAUUUUAGACCACCUUACCGAUCACGGUGCCUAUUUACUACCAGCACAAGUCACUUUUGGUAUCUUGUACAUAUCCACGUUGUUCCUUGUUUCCCAACUCUAUCGUUUAGCCAAAGCACCACCCAUUUUGAUCCUAUUCUUGGCAUUUUCCAAGCGUUUACACUCAAUUUACCUCUUACGCCUUUUUAAUGACCCUCUUUCUAUCUUUUUCAUGUAUUUAUGCAUGUAUCUUUUGUGUUGUCGCCGCUGGAAAGCUGCGUGCAUUUCAUACUCGCUCGCUCUUUCAAUCAAGAUGAAUGCAUUGCUCUACCUUCCUGGUCUUUUGGUAAUACUGUUCAGGGCCAUCGGUGCUACAUCCACCAUGUUGCAUGUCGGUGUUAUUGUUGGUGGAACUCAAGGUAUCCUAGGUCUACCUUUCAUUUUGCGAGAUCCUCAAGCAUAUGUAUCCAAUGCCUUCGACUUUUCUCGCAUGUUUCUGUUUAAAUGGACGGUCAAUUGGCGGUUCCUGGGUGAAAAAAUCUUUUCACACCCAGCAACAUCCAAAGUGUUGCUUGGAUUACACGUUUUCAUUUUAUGCGUCUUUGGCGUGCAUCAAUGGACCAAUAUUUCGAAGGAGGGAUGGAAAUGGGUCUCAUCCAGAUGGAAAGGCGAUAGUCAUCCGAUGACUGCAUCCUUUAUCGUGCGGGUGCUGUGUACGAGCAACCUUAUCGGUAUGACUUUUGCACGCAGCCUUCACUAUCAGUUUUACAGCUGGUAUGCUUUCCAACUUCCACUCCUGACAUGGUCCACUACAUGGUCCCUGCCACUUCGCAUCGCGAUCCCUGUCAUAAUCGAAUGGUCAUGGAAUGUAUUCCCCUCGACAACAUUGUCAUCAAUAUCCCUAUUUCUCGCACAUACAAUGCUCUUGAUCGGGCUAUGGACAAGGCGCGCCCGUACGCCCAUGCAUAUUAAUUAG